AGUCAUUUUAUUGGCAGUGGGGCAAUGAGUAAGAACAGCUGCUGUCGUUCGAACGAAAACAAAAACAGAGAAAAAUUCUCGAACUUGCUUGAAAAGUUGUAGAGGAAUUUAUUUCUAUCGGAAAAGCAGCGAAUUCUAUCCGGUUACAUCUGCAGUGCGAAAAAAAACGAUUUCAAAGCGUGCGACGAACUUGAUAGAAAAGCCUGCCCAAAGGGAGAGGUGAGAGGUUGAAAAUUACGCAAAAAGAAAAUGUCGUUUCGGCUGCUGACGACGCGAAUUUACAAACAUGGUCGAUUGUUGGUUCAGAGCUACUUCAAGCGAGACAUUCACGUCAACAUUUUGGACAACGGUCGCAACCGGGGCAUUCCCAGCGAACUGAAAGCUGGCGGAGCGCUCAAACGGCCGGAACUUCUGAACCAGAAUCAUCUCCGGACCAACAGUUUCCUGCGCUUCGGAAGCCAGGCGCGCCGUUUGUUUGUGGACAAUGUGCUCAACCGGGUCACCAAUCCAAUCUCGGCCGAGCUCCGGCAGCAGGCUGCUAAGCGAUUGAUGUUUGGAGAUUCGACGCCUUUUUUCGCAUUAGUGGGAGUGAGCCUGGCCUCUGGAGAUGGGAUGCUUACCAAGGAUGAUGAACUGGAAGCCGUAUGCUGGGAGAUUCGGAACGCUGUAUCCAAAUUUCAAACCAAAGCCGGUGAACAAGAUAUCGAAAAACGCCUAGACGAAGAACUUGGUCUUAAUACGCUGAAUAUUGGUCCACCACUGGCCAAGGGAUGCUCAGCAGUAGUAUACGCUGCAGCACUCAAAGAAGAAACCGAAUCCGUCAACAGCGUCCCAUGCGAACCCGCUGAACACAUUGACUUAAGUGCUGAAACGGAGCAGCUUCUUUCGCCGACUCAAAAUAUGGGACGAUUCAUCCACAAUUUUGGCGGCAGCGUCGAUAAUUUGCACGGCAGUGGUAUUCGCGAAAGCCCUCGGUACAAUACGGCUGUUCCGCUGCAACGAAAUCUACAGGAUAUGGCCAUCGACGGUCUUAGGCAGGCGGUUGGCCAGGAUAACGAACCGAAUGUCGAGACUCAAAGAAACCGAGAAAAGAAGCGAGGUCGGGUCCGGUUCGAUAGCGAAAGUAUGGCGAGCCGAAGGUCCCGACUGUUGUCCGACGCGGUUGAUGAAUUUUUGUAUGUACAGUCGGGCGAUAGUGAUAUAGUUGCGACGCUUCAUGAAUAUAAUAUGGACGCAACCAUGGAAGAAUAUCCAUUGGCGCUGAAAAUGAUGUUUAAUUACGAUAUUCAAAGCAAUGCCAUGGCUAUUUUGAAGGCAAUGUACAAGGAGACGGUUCCAGCAAAAAGAAGGAAUGCAACCGAAGUCGAUAGCUGGGAAAAAUCCCUCAUCGAACGAACGGCUUUUCUUCCUCCGCACCCGAACGUCGUCGAAAUGUACGGAGUAUUCUGUGAUCAAAUUCCGGACUUGCAUAUGUCUUCUUCCCUCUACCCGAUGGCGCUACCCCCUCGAAUAAAUCCCCACGGCUACGGGCGCAACAUGAGCCUAUUCCUGCUGAUGAAACGAUACAAUUGUAGCCUGCACGAUUAUUUGUCCCAAACGUCGUCUCUCGAUCUUCGCACGCGGAUCUUGUUGUUUGCACAACUAUUGGAAGCAGCCGCCCACAUGAACCGAUACGGGGUGGCUCACCGUGACCUGAAAAGUGACAACAUCUUGAUCGAGAUACGGCCGAAUAUGCCGCCAAACUUGGUGCUGUCCGAUUUUGGCUGCUGCAUAGCUGAUAAAUCCUACGGACUGCAGGUGCCUUACUCAUCCGGGGAAAUCGACAAAGGGGGCAAUACCGCUCUGAUGGCACCGGAAAUCAUCAACAAGCAACCCGGAACCUUUUCGGUGCUUAACUAUGCCAAGUCGGAUCUCUGGGCUUGUGGAGCAAUUGCCUACGAGAUUUUCGGUUCCCACAAUCCAUUUUACGGUGGAAAGAGCGAUCCUAGCACUUUGAAAAAUGUGAACUACAGGGAUAAUCAGCUUCCACCCAUGAAUGAGAACGUGCCGCAUGUCGUACAGAAGUUAGUCGAGAAUAUGCUGCGCCGAAAUCCAAAUGAGCGACUUGGUCCGGACGUAGCGGCUAACGUCAUGCAGCUUUUCCUGUGGUCUCCAUCGUCCUGGAUGAAAACCGGGUUCACUCCUUCCAGCAACGAGAUUCUGCAGUGGUUGUUGAGCUUGACGACCAAAAUUUUGUGCGAGGGUCGCCUCCAGCCGGAUAAUGAAACCAUGGGUCGCCGAACCUACACGGAGUAUUUGCUGAUUUCCAGCUUUUUGGCUCGUGCACGCAUUCGUCGGAUCAAACGUGCCCUCGAUUGGAUCCACGCUGUACAAUAGUGGGAUGUAAGAGCACUGCGACAUUGAACGCAACCAUAUUGUACUGAGCUACUUAAAGACUUGUGUGAUUUGUAUAUUUAUGUGCUUAUCGAUCGAUGUAUAAUCAAUUUAUUGAUAACUCCACUAACGGAAAACAAAAUAGUAGGUAAUAUAGGUAAAUGCCUGAUUAUCGUGUUAGAUUGUGUACAGCAAACCAUAUGUUGAUAUUUUAUUGAUGCUAAAGCAACUUAUUGUAAUAUAUUAUGAACUGAAAAUAUAUAAGUUGUUAUUGCA